AUAUUUUUCCCCCACAAACAACACCAGAAGCAAGAAAAUGAAAAGCUUUACAUAAAGCAGGGAAAAAAAAGGAGACUUGGGUUUCUUUCUUUUCUUCUUUUCUUGCUGCCUCUGCUAAGCAUCUUUUGCUCGCUUUUUCCCCUUCCUCUUUCUCUCUCUGUGUCUCAGGAUUUUUACUGGGUUGUUUCUUGGUUUGGUUUUCCACCAUCAUUUCCCUCCUCUGCUUCAGCUAUAACUUGCUUCCUGUUUUGCUGGUGAGUCUUUAUGGGCUUUCCUCUGUGGCAUUGAUUUGUUUGUUUAAGCAGAAAAGUUAAUUUACUUUUCUUAUUAAUUUUCCUUCCUGGGAUACUUUUUUUUCUUCUGGAAUUUGAUUUUCUGGGUGUUCAGGUGCUGAUCCUUUCGCGGUUUUGUUGAUCAUAUCCUGGAGCUUGAAUAGAAAUUUCUCUUCCUGUUUUUUGAGCUUCGAAUUCCUCAAUCUGGUUUCCCAGAUUUUCACUUCUUCUGGUCUAAAUUUAUGUACUUUUUACUGUUCAUUUCCUGGUCAAAAGCUUUGAACUUUUGUUGAUUUCUUGGCAAUUCCUGUGCUCUAUUUAUUGGUUUACGAUUCCAUGGGACUCUGUCAUGGAAAACCCAUUGAAAACCCAGAAACCAGACCCGAUAACCCGAUAAUUCCCGGUGAGAACGACCCGUUGCCGCGUUCCCAGACCGGCAAGACCUCAAGCUUUCCCUUCUACAGCCCAAGUCCCCUGCCCAGUCUUUUCAAGAACUCUCCCGCCAACUCGAGUGUGAGUUCGACUCCUUUGCGCAUUUUCAAGCGCCCAUUUCCUCCUCCUUCUCCAGCAAAGCACAUUCGAGCAUUGCUCGCCCGAAGGCACGGUUCCGUUAAGCCGAAUGAGGCCUCAAUCCCUGAAGGAAAUGAAUGUGAGGUUGCAUUGGAUAAGAAUUUCGGGUUCUUGAAGCAUUUUGUAGCUCAUUAUGAGCUUGGAGAAGAGGUGGGGCGUGGCCAUUUCGGUUAUACUUGCUCUGCCAAGGGGAGAAAAGGGAGCUUGAAGGGGCAGGAUGUGGCUGUCAAGGUUAUCCCGAAAUCGAAGAUGACCACACCAAUUGCUAUAGAAGAUGUACGAAGAGAAGUAAAGAUAUUACGGGCACUAACAGGACAUAAGAACCUAGUGCAGUUCUAUGAUGCCUAUGAAGAUGACGACAAUGUUUAUGUGGUGAUGGAGUUGUGCAAGGGAGGUGAACUGUUGGAUAAGAUACUUUCAAGGGGUGGAAAAUACUCGGAAGAAGAUGCGAAAGUGGUUAUGGUUCAGAUUUUAAGUGUAGUUGCCUAUUGUCACCUUCAAGGUGUGGUUCACCGUGACCUCAAGCCGGAGAAUUUUCUUUUUACUUCUACGGAUGAAAAUUCCCCGCUUAAGGCCAUUGAUUUUGGACUCUCUGACUAUGUAAAGCCAGAUGAGAGGCUGAACGAUAUCGUAGGAAGUGCCUAUUAUGUAGCUCCUGAAGUUUUACAUAGAUCAUAUGGGACAGAAGCUGACAUGUGGAGUAUUGGCGUAAUUGCUUAUAUUCUUUUAUGUGGAAGCCGGCCCUUUUGGGCCCGGACAGAAUCCGGCAUCUUCCGAGCUGUACUCAAGUCAGAUCCAAGCUUUGAUGAAGCCCCUUGGCCUUCUUUGUCUUCUGAUGCAAUAGACUUUGUGAAGAGGUUGUUGAACAAGGAUUAUCGUAAGAGAUUAACUGCUGCUCAGGCUCUAAGUCAUCCCUGGCUGGCCAAUUGUCAGGAUGUCAAGAUACCAUUGGAUAUGAUAGUGUUUAAGCUGGUUAAAACUUACGUGUGCUCAUCUUCUCUACGCAAAUCUGCGUUGGGGGCUCUUGCAAAGACAUUAACUGUAGCUCAGCUAGCUUAUCUGCGGGAACAAUUCACACAAAUAGGGCCUAAUAAAAGUGGAUUUAUCUCUAUGCAGAACUUUAAGACGGGCAUGAUAAAGAACUCCACUGAUGCAAUGAAGGAUUCACGGGCCCUAGAUUAUGUCAACAUGAUUGGUACUAUUCAAUACAGAAAAUUGGAUUUUGAAGAAUUCUGUGCGGCUGCCAUAAGUGUGCAUCAACUGGAAGGAAUGGAGAGUUGGGAACAACAUGCAAGGCUUUCCUAUGAGCUGUUUGAGAAGGACGGGAACAGACCGAUUAUGAUAGAGGAACUUGCAUCGGAACUUGGGCUUGGCCCAUCCGUACCUGUUCAUGUGGUUCUCCAGGACUGGAUAAGACACUCAGAUGGGAAGCUUAGUUUCUUGGGUUUUGUCAGACUUCUCCAUGGGGUUUCUUCACGCUCAUUUCAGAAGGCUUGAAUUUGAACCAGGCUACACACAGUAAUUUUCCUCCUCCUCCCCACUUUUGUUGGCCUUAAAUGUAGCAAGGGGGCUAUCUGCAAGCCAAAUUCAAAGAGCUGCCGUAUACGAGCCAGUGUUCCAUCAAAGUACAGGAGCUGUUGAAACCAUAGGCAGCAUGUUCUCAUAUCAUUUUUUUUUUUUCCCAACUUAUAUAAGCCUUUUUUUUUUUUUUUCUUUUUUGGUUAAAUGAUUGGUGCUGUUGAAAUUUUAGAGAAUUGUACAGAUGAGGGUAGAUUUAAGAAUGUACGUAGGAUUAGCAGACUGCUUAAAACUGAGGUGAGUUUUGUUAUCUUUAGGGUUUAUCCCCCGUGUACCCACUGCACUUAAUUUCCUAAUAAAAAUCUUCAUGUAAUUUACUUCA